UGAUUCGUCUUGUCUUGUUUUGGUAUUUUUUGUUGCGUUUUCGAUGGCAUUUCGCUCGUCGAUCGCUUUCCACCUUGCGUUUGUGGAUGUUGUUUGCAUUUGCAUCGCGCUCGAUUUUACCGAACACACCACCGCGCCACAUUUGUGUUCACCUUCACCAGAUACGAUGGACCAACCGUCAAAACCGACGGCGCAGAAGGCACAGCCGACGGCAAACACGCGGCAAUAGAAAACGAGGGAGGUGGACGCGAGGAGAAGGAUGCCGUAGAUAGUACCACCGACAGAAGCCUAACCACCGAAACCAGGUUGCAGGAUGGGUUGGAAGCAGUCGAUGGUGACGACAGCAGUCAUCCAACCAUUGCUGGUGCUAGUAUACUCAGCAAGAACCACAGCCUUCUGACAACCGAAAGCACUGCCCAGAAGCCUCCAAUCAAAAUUGCGGAGGAGGGAGCGGAUCCUGUCAUCGAAGACGUACAAUCGACCGGCGCGGAGCAAGAGCAAGAUAAAGAACAAGGCGAUGUCAGCAGCAGCAAGCGCGAAUCACAGAGCAUGGAAGCAAGAUCAGAAGAAACAACAGAAGAUGAUCCCACAACUAAUCGAUUGCAAACGAGCACAAACCAAGAUGACGACCAAACAGAUUUACCAGACGAGGUAACAGGAGACAAGAGUACGCCCGAUCCUGACAUCGAAGACGCCUCAACCAACAACAAGAGCAUUGACAUUGACAUUGACAUUGACAUCACAGCAGGCGAAACAAAAAAAGCGGACUUGGAAGCGACCAACCCAGAAGCUCUGGACGAGGUGAAAGCCCAGCGACCGAUCAAUGAUGGCGAAAUCGGCACACCGAAAGAUGGCGAGGAUGACGGGGCUGAUUCCGUUCUCGAGUCGACCAAAAAGGAAGGUGCUGCUACCAGUGCCGCAACGGAAGAUGUGUUGAUUGACGCUGAGAACAGCAAUUCUGAGGUCGAAACUGAUCAGGAGACCAGUCCGGAAACCAAAGACGCAACAGGUAACGGUGCCGAAACCGUUUUUCCAAUCAAGGACAAUCUGGAAGAUAAACCGAAAGAUAAAGAAAAAGAGCACGAGGGCGUUAAUGACAAUGUCUUUGAGGGGUCUGAGAUAACUGCUACACCGGGAGAUGCCAGAAACAUUCACAAUAAUGAUCUUCCCAUCCAAAACUUACAAAGUGACAGUAAGAACCCGGACGAUGGAAAGCCUCCUGAUGCCGCUAGAGACGAAGUAACAGAGUCACUAGGGGAUGACGCAGGGGACGACGCAGACUACAGCAAGUCAAAGACUGUUAGUUCUGGCGGCCCAAAUCAACACAAUGUGUCUUCAAAAACUGCUACCGACCAAUCCGACCUCGAAGAAACGAUUGAAAAUUCCAAGGACAAAACAACGGCAGGGAUGAAUGGAAUAGAAGAUGCGCAAUCAGGAACGAUUGACAUCGACGAGAAAAACACCGAAUCCAGUCAUACCGAUAAUGUAAUGGACGAAGAGCUGUUAUCUUGGAUGACGACGUCGACUGAAACCAAUAUCGAUGAUCAACUGGGGAACGCUGGCGGUUCUCCCCCUGGCAAAUCCGAUGGAGACAAAGUCUCUGUUAUAGACGAAGAACUGAUGUCAUGGAUGACUACACCAAAUCAGGAUAAGGUCGAGGACAAAUCGGCAAGCCCGGUUCCGACGCCCUUCAGUGGAAGCAAUGGAGACAAGAGUAGUGCAGUAGACGACGAGCAGCUCAUGUCUUGGAUGACAACUCCGAACCAAGAAAAAGAAAUAGAAGACGAUGAUAGUGCAGAUAGGAACGGGGGUAACCUACUGGGGGAACAGAUAGUCUCGGCCCUCGAUACAGCAGAGAUCGACGUCGUGGGAGCAGAGGGUGACGAGGUCAUUGCCCCCGAAACCCUGGCGGAUAUUAUGCUCGAAAACAUAGAAAAGGAUGCCAUCAAGACAAACAAAGUCGGUAGGAGCCUAUUCGGAGCAAAUUCCCUAUAUUCGAUAGGGGGGGAAACCUCGAUAAGCAACACAGAGUUGGAACCACCCGAUGAUGCCUUUACGGACGACCUGUUGCGCGACAUUGCGAACUCAAAACAUCUUGAGGCCGAGGACGAUUCGGUGGAGCAAACAAUUGGAGAAGAAAUGGUCCUCGUUGCGGACUCGAUUCUGAACAUCCUCCUCCCAGAUGGAGAAGGCGAGCCCGAAGCCAUUCCCGAGGAUGCUCCGUCCGAAAGUACGGGCAGUGCGGAGAAGGGAGACAAUGGGAGUGAUGGACCUUCCACGAGCCACAGAUUCGAGCUGAAACCCGAUGGGUCCGGUGGAUCGGGGCUGUUUUAUUAGAACAUGCCAAUUCCCUAUAUAUUGGUGCUUGCCCGCCAGUCGCCAUUCAUUUUUGCUUGUGUUGAUUGAAUCUCCCCCCUGCAUGCGCAGCUGAUAGAAUUUGUAAAUUUUU